GUUUCUAGUCCGCCUCAAACAUGCUCCCAACCCACAACAUCUUAUCACCAAACGGAUCUGAACCUCCCAGCGCCCCAGAAUAGCCAGAAAAGAUGUUCAAGAAAGAUCUGCCGGGCGCUCCCAAGCAGAAGCUCAAGUCCUCGGUGCAGCGCUCCCUGCGCCAGUCCCUCCUGACCACAUACCCGCUGCUGAACCCAUACAUCGACGAGGUCCUGCCCAAGAAGGCCUCCCUCAACCAGAUCAAGCUGCCCGAGCGCGCCUCGCUAUACGUCGCCGAUGGCGAGCCCAUCUUCUUCCAGCACGACAACGACACCCUCCUGCCUCACCUGAAGCUCGUCCACCGCUUCCCCCAGGCCUUCCCCACCAUCCGCAUAGACCGCGGCGCUAUCCGCUUCGUGCUCAGCGGCGCCACCCUCAUGGCCCCCGGCCUGACCAGCCCCGGCGGUCGCUUGCCCCAGCCCCGGGACGGAGACGAGGGCGUCGACGAGGAGGGCCACUGGAGCAGGGAGCUUGAGAAGGAGGAGCCCGUGGUGGUUAUGGCCGAGGGGAAGGAGCACGCCUGCGCCGUGGGGCUGCUGGUGGCAGGGACCAAGGAGGUCAAGGACAAGGGCAAGGGUCCUGUGAUCGAGGAGGCCCAUUUCCUUGGGGAUGGACUGUGGAAACUGAACAUCGACUGAGGUGGACACUAUUUGGCUCGUCGUCGUGGUGGUUGAGGCUGUAUCCUCAUGGCAACGGCCUCGGGAUGGGAGGUCCAGAGAUGGACGCUUGAGCCUCAUCAGAUGCGUCGCUGUCGCAUUUGAAAGACCAGGGGAUACUCGUCUUCGAGAAUUGGGGCCGUAAUGUCUCCUGGAAGGGGCUCGGACCAAUUAUCUUCACGGACGCUGCUGUCACUGCCCUUCUAUGCCGGGUUCCAAGUCACCUAGCUGCCAACAACGCAUUGGCUGAGCGGUGCCGUUGUGACGGUUGUGACGAGGGGAGAAGAAAAUGGGUGUGGUUCCAGUAUUUCUAAGGAGAUCCAAAAUGCCUUCAGAACCAGCAUACGGAGAAUGGUUGUAGCAGGAAACUUUUAUGCAGCUUCUCCAUAGCGUGCUCUGCCACUCAAUCAUGCAUCCAUAUUCAUUGG